AUGUCAUAAUAGCUGACAUAACUUGUCAUAACCUGUCAUAAUAUGGUCAUGACCCAUAUAUUUACACCUGUUGUGGCAUACACUAUAUAUACAAAAGUAUGUGGACGCCCAGUGGAUUCAGGUAUUUCAGCCACACCUGUUGCUGACAGGUGUAUAAAAUCGAGCACACAGCCAUGCAAUCUCCAUAGUCAAACAAUGGCAGUAGAAUGGCCUUACUGGAGAGCUCAGGGACUUUCAACCUGGCACCGUGAUAUGAUGCCACCUUCCCAACAUGUCAGUCUGCCAAUUUCUGCCCUGCUAGAGCUGCUCCAGCCAACUGUAAGUGCAGUUAUUGUGAAGUGGAAACAUCUAGGAGCAUCAACGGCUCAGCCGCAAAGUGGUAGGCCACACAAGCUCACGGAAUGGGUCUGCCGGGUGCAGAAGUGCAUAGAAUGUAGAAAUUGUCUGUCCUCGGUUGCAACACUCACUACUGAGUUCCAAACUGCCUCUGGAAGCAAUAUCAGCAAAAUAACUGUUAGUCGGGAGCUUCAUGAAAUGGGUUUUCAUGGCCGAGCAGCUGCACACAAGCCUAAGAUCACCAUGUGCAAUGCAAAAUGUCUGCCGGAGUGGUGUAAAGCUCGCCACCAUUGGACUCUGGAGCAUCUGGAGUGAUUAAUCACUCUUCACCAUCUGGCAGUCCGGCGAACAAAUCUGGGUUUGGUGGACGCCAGGAGAACACUACCUCCCCCAAUGCAACUAUUUGGUGGAUGAGGGAUAAUGGUCUGGGGCUGUUUUUCGUGGUUUGUGCUAGGCCCCUUAGUUCCAGUGAAGGGAAAUCUUAAUUCUACAGCAUACAAUGACAUUCUAGCCGACUCUGUGCUUCCAACUUUGUGGCAACAGUUUGGGGAAGGACCUUUCCUGUUUCAGCAUGACAAUGCCCCCAUGCCCAAAGCGAGGUCCAUACAUAAAUGGUUUGUCGAAAUCAAUGUGGAAGAACUUGACUGGCCUGCACAGAACCCUGACCUCAACCCCAUCAAACACCUUUGGGAUGAAUUGGAACGCAGACUGCGAGCCAGGCCUAAUUGCCCAACAUCGGUGUCCGACCUCACUAAUGCUCUUGUGGCUGAAUGGAAACAAGUCCCCACAGUAAUGUUCCAGCAUCUAGUAGAAAGCCUUCCCAGAAGAGUGGAGGCUGUUAUAGCUGCAAAGGGCAGGCCAACUCCAUAGUAAUCCCCAUGAUUUUGGAAUGAAAUGUUCAACAAGUAGGUGUCCACAUACUUUUGGUCAUGUAGUGUAUAUUGCGUUAUCUUAUGGCUGGUUCUGACACUUACAUAAGAGUGUAGGUGUCAUUUAUUCAAAUCAUUUUAUUCCCUGCCAAGAAGUUUCCCUUGGUUUGAAAGUUUGUUUCUCAAGUCCUUUGAUGUUGUAAUGAAUUCUUUACAGUCAUGUUUUGUUUAUCAUAUUUUAAUUAACUUGUAGAAAAUACACUUUAUGACACUGUCAAGAAGAAUUAUAACCAUCCUGUGUCACUUUACUUGGACUAAUAAUAUACUCUUUUUGACCAUAAUCAUAUAAGCCAGAUAGGCCUAUCACAUACAAGCCCUUAUAUCAGUCAUCAGUCAAGAAGAGGGUGCCUUGUCCUUCUCCUGACAUCUGCUGUCACGACUUCCGCCGAAGUCGGUUCCUCUCAUUUGGCUUUCUAGCCAUCACCACUCCAUUUUUCACGUAUACAUUUGUUUUGUCUUGUUCCCUGCACACCUGGUUUUCAUUCCCCAAUCAAUUCAUAUGUAUUUAUUCCUCUGUUCCCCAUCAUAUCUUUGUGUAGGAUUGUUUGUGUUACGUGUAUUUUGUAUUGUGGAUAUUGUUACUUGCAUGACUUUUUGUCUAUGUUCUGUGUUUUCGGCAUAUUAUAUAUGUUACUUUGUGCUGUCAUUUUGACCGGAAUAAAAAGUGUGCCUGUUCACUACACUCUGCUCUCCUGCACCUGACAUCACCUCCAAUACACACUCCUAACAUCUGCUCCUGCAUUCAUUCCAGUCAUCAGCAACAGAGCAUUGGGAUGCUGGAUGAAAAUCACCAUCUGAUACAAUGUAUAAUGGAUUACCAGAACAAAGGAAAAACAGCAGAAUGCACACAGUAUCAGCAGAUUCUUCACAGAAACCUGGUCUAUCUGGCCACGAUAGCAGAUUCUAAUCAGAACAUGCAGUCACUGUUACCUGCGCCUCCUACCCCUAACAUGGGGAGUAUGGGUCCUGGAGGGAUGGGGCAGAACGGGGGCAGUGGGCCCAUACACUCCCAGAGCAACCUCAACAACGCCAUGACACCUGGCCUGGCCCCCCCCUCCAUGAUGCAGAGUCAGAUGAGCAAUGGCCCCAGCCAUGCUCCCAUGCAGCAGCAGCAGCAGCAUGCGGAUCAGACACAGUCGGCUGGGCCCUCCUCCACGUCCCUCAGCCUGCCGGCCAGCACCCACAGCUCAGCCUUGGGCUACAGCCACCCCGUGCCCCCCUCUUCCCAGGGCAGCAUGAUCCAGGGCCCUGGCCCAAGCCCAGGCUACGGUUCUUCCUCUUCUUCCUCCUCCCACAGCAACCUCAACAUGCAGUCCAACCCAGUCUCCAUGAUGCAGCAGCCUCAUUACCCGUCGUCCCAGACUGGGGCCGGGCAGCAGCACUACCAGGGCCAACAGACUGCUAUGGGCAUGUUGGGGCAGAGCGGACCAGGCAACAGUAUGGUGAGCCAGAGGCCCAUGGGGACUUACCGACCCACACAGCAAGGAUGUGCACUGCAGUACAUGGGACAAGACGAGUUCUACGGAGAGCAGUAUGGACACACUCAGAGCUCCAGUGAGCCCAUAAACCAGCAGUAUUACCCUGAUGGUCAUGCCAAGUACUCCUACCAACAGUCGUCCUACGGCGAACAGGGCUAUGAGAGGCCCUUUGACGAGUCCUCACAGCACUACUACGAAGGAGGCAACUCCCAGUACAGUCAGCAGCAAGCCCAGUACCAGCAUGGCUCAGGUCAGCAGCAGCCCUUCAGCCAACAACAGUACCCCUCACAGCAGGGCUACAGCACACAGCAACAGGGCUAUGGUCCAGGUCAGGGUGCGUCGUCCCAGUACUCCCAGUACCAGCAGGGUCAGGGCCAGCAGUAUAGCUCCUACCGCUCCUCCCAGGCUGCCCCUGGGGCACAGACACAGAGGCCCUACGCUUACGAACAGGUACAGCUACAGCUACCCCUGACCCCACGUUUUGAGGAGGACGGUGCUGUCCAACCAAACAUUGGGGUCAAUAUGGAAACUACCAGCAAUAAGGCACCACCUCCUGGGCAAACUGGUGGACAGAUUAGGCAAGGGAACAGUUCUGUGAAUGCCCCUUAAUAGUCAUGUGUAAACCAGUCUGAGUAAAUUAGUUAGAUUAAGCUCUGAAUCCUUUUAGUUUGCUGAGAGACAGAUUAGAAGGCUAGAAUAUCAGCUCCAUUGUCCGCUUGUUCACUAUUUUCUAGCUGAGUAGAGGUUAACUGGUUCAGGAGAUCCUGUAUGAAGCACCUCUCAUCUCUGCUUUCUCUCCUCACCUUCUAUAAGAGGCUUUGAAUUAGGGGGGUAUCUGGUAACAAAUCAGGGCAUCCUCAAUAGUAUUAUUAUAUUAACAUGGGCACUAUGUGUUUUAAACUCAUGUGAAAUUUUAAACCUGCCUCUAAAUGUCUUCCUUCCUUGGUCUGUGACCUCUAUCAGCCUCUACCUGGCUCCUCAUAUCCUCCCUUUCUGUCUUUGUCUUUGUCUUUCACAGGGUGCACAAUACAAGUGCUAUCCUCUCUUUAAGAAUGUAAUUGGAAAUGUGCCAAUUAGGUUGUUCACAUUUACAUAAGAUUGAUCUAAUAUCAUAUCAUACAUUCAUCAUCUAUUAUUCAGUGUAGAGAAUAACUUAGAGUUGACUCUUGAUAAGUGUACUUUGAUUAAGGUGAAAAUGGGGCUUGUCGGUGGUGUUCAACCUGUCUUCAGGUUGUGUUUUUUUUAAAUCUGUGAAGUUGUGUAGGUCAGUGUGUGGUGUGACCGACUGUUUUGUGUUAACACUCUCUUUGUGUAAGAAGAACCAAUGUUUUAGUAAGGUAAUAGACACAAUAGCUGGUGAAUUGACAAGUGUGCAUCAACUACACUACAUUGCCAAAAGUAUGUGGACACCUGCUCAUCGAAAAUCCAUGUCCAAUGAUAAACCCCUUUUGUUCAUUCUUAAAUUUGGUCUGGUUGCCUUUCUAUUUUUUAACUAAGUGUUUUUUAAAUUAAGCUAAAUCAUUUAACUUUUAUAUGGUAUAUUGGAACUUUUUCCAUCCUAUAUUUUCUUUAUCAAUAUACAAUUAAUUUUAUUUAAUUAUCAGAUGUUUCAGUAUUUAUUAUUCUGUUUCAUUCUAAUAAUAAUUAGAUUAGAUUAGAUUAGAUUUUCUGUGUGCUACCACAUAUUUUUGAGUCUAUAGCCUAUUAGAGUACAAACAUGAAAGUCUUAUUAGCCUUGUGUCUUGUUGAAUACAUAACCCAAAGUAUUAUUGUUGCCAAUUGGGUUUGGAUUUUGCUUCAACUGUCUUAGCCCAUAUGAAUAGAUUUUUCAUUUAAAAGAAUGACGUUCUUACGAAAUUGAUGUAGUCAUAGCCUAUGUCUGUGAGUGCAUAUGACAUACUGACAUAUUUGGUUUCCAGCAACUAAAAAGUUUGCCAUUUGUCUUGCUCAAUUGACUAUAUUUGAUGUGAUCAUAGAUCAAGUUUGGGGGUAAGGCCUUCAUGUUAUAGAAGACAAUUGUCAAAUCAGUUUGUCACACAAACACAUUGCCUUAUUAUUUAUUGACAAAGUACAAUAAAGAGAUUUUG